AUCCAGCUGUUCAUCGUAAAGGUAAAACAUGGGGUCCAAGUUCGGUUCAAAAAGAUCGCCAUCAACGUUCGUCAAUAAUUUUCGCGGAUGGUCGCUGGUCUAAGAGUGCUCCAAAUCUUGAGAAAUCAUUAAAGAAUCUUGGAGCUGGACAUUCCAAUACUAUUUAUAAGGAGGAAACAGAUUGGCCAAUAUUUAAUGGAGACCAACAACGUAACAUUCCAACAACCACCACUAAUUCUUUAGAUAGCUCAAUCAAACAACGUUCAAAUGUUAAGAAAAAAUAUCUCAAUGCUUGGUGUGGAAUAGGAAUGAUGCUAGCCUCAGUGGGAAGUGGUUUUGAUAUCCGUGUUUCAAACUCUGUAGCCAUCCAUCCUCAGCUACAUGAAACUGGUGACGAUGGCAGGAAAAAUCGUGAUGCGUAUAUAGGAAACAGACGUGAUGCCUAUCUGGCAGCUGUGAGAGAUAAUUUGAUUGAAGGUGAAGGUGACUAUCGAAAUAGCCAAUAUGCCAAUCCCUCCGCUUUUCGUCAUACAUAUCAUGGAGUGACCCCGCGUCAAAGACCUUCUAUUCAAAUGGAAGAUUCACCUCCGGAGGGGGAAGAAAAUGGCACUUUGGAUCUUACACCUUUUAUGUUGCAAAAAUUUCAGUUUAACAAAGAUACAUUCGUGAUCUCACCAACUCCAUCCAAUGAUCGCCCUGGUGGUGGAAAUCAGCCCUUCAGACGUCAAUAUUCAAAAGACAGCAAUGAAGACCAUUCACGUGACUCCAUAAGAUCAAAUAAACAAAGACACUCAGUGACUUUUGAAGACAAUUUUGUAGUUGAUGUGAAUGAUUUACCGGCAGCAACCUCUACGCCUACUUACUCUCACAAAAAAUCCCCAUCUGACUCUUCUUCUCCUUCCCCUCAACCUUACUCUCGACCUUUCGCUACUGAACGCACAGACAAUAUAGCAGGUCCAAUACCACCACGCCGAAAGCCACAAGGCACAAAUGGAACCAAACGCCCAACAACUUUGGCUUUAAAUUCAAACUCUGCCACCCCAACAUCUCGUUCGCGAGUAACUUUCGAAUCAACACCUCCACAACAAGUUACAUCCAGUGGUCAGGAAACGCCAAUAUGGCACACACCGACUGAAUAUUUUCAUUCAACUCGAUCACGAUUAAGUCCAGGGAACACACCACCUCACAUAUCUCAUCAAAAAACGUUGUUGGAUAUCGACGUGGAAGGACAGAGUCGGGACAGCACACGUCCAUUAGUUUCCCAUAAUCCUUUACAAACCCUUCAACCACAAGAAUUAGACCGAGAAUUUAUGUUCUGA